AUGGUCGAGAUGAGCACUCAAUCAUCCUCGAUAGAGGUGCCCCGUGGUGCUUCUACAGCUAUCAGAGAUAUCCAACGAAGGUUCACUGAAACGGCCCCACCGGCAGCUUGCGGUCUCAGAGUCGCUCGAGCUGCCGGGCUCGUAGCUGAGACACUGCAGUGGAAGGGGGAAGGGUCGGAGCCGUUGAAUGAGGUCGAAUCUGAGAAGCUCAAUGAUCGACUACAUGCACUCAUACGACUAAUACUCAUCACUGCUAAUUCUCUGUCCAUUGACGUUGCCGAGGCGGCAGGGUUGAAAAUGGCGAAAAACAAGGCGAAGUAUCCUGCGGAUAUCGUGAAGGGCUCCUCGGCUAAAUAUAACGAGUAUGAAUCCUAUACUCCGAGGAAGUGUAGAGUUGGGAGAGCCCACGAUGUGGAGACACUCGGGCAGGUGGCUGAAGAAAUGGCGGAGUUCGCCAAGGACCGCGACUGGCUCCAGUAUCACACGCCGAGGUAA